AUGGCUACCGCUGCGGUUAGACGGAGAACCGAGGAGCCCUUUGACAUCCACGAAGAUGUCAGGACAGAAGAGACUGAGAUGAUCGAGGACGACAAAGAGGAUGGCGGUGCAGAUGUCGCAGACACGGAUGUUGUCGUUAUUGACGAUGACGACGAGGACGACGGCGAAGGCGAAGGCGACGAAGAGUACGACAGCUCUGACGACGAGCAAGUCGAUCGCAGUGUUCAAUCAGACAUGAAGAAGCUCGAGAGUGACUUCCCAGGCUUCUGGUAUCGCUACCGUCUGAUUAAACGGAUAGGAGAAGGAACGUUUUCCACCGUUUACAAGGCUGAGGAUAAACUUUAUGACCAGUAUGUCAACGAGUGGGAUGUACAAAACGAGAUGUCCAAGUGGACUCCCCCUCCUUUGGAAAGAGACUCGCCUAGCCAGCACUCUCCGCGGAAACGAACGCGUUACGUCGCUAUCAAGAAGAUUUAUGUCACCUCAUCGCCCAUGCGAAUCCUCAACGAACUAGAGCUGCUGCAUGAUCUCCGGAGAUGCCCUUCAGUCUGCCCGCUCAUCACAGCCUUCCGCCAGACUGACCAGGUUAUCGCCAUUCUUCCCUACUUUCGUCACGGGGACUUCCGUACCUACUUCCGGGAUAUGACAAUCCCUGAUGUUAGAAUAUAUUUACGGUCAUUAUUUACCGCGCUACGAAGUACGCAUGAGCAUAGAAUUCUUCAUCGCGACAUCAAGCCGACCAACUUUCUCUACGACCCGGCUACGCAGCAUGGCGUCCUUGUUGAUUUUGGUCUCGCCGAGCGGGAGGGCUCCGAGAGCAAGCCGUGUCUGUGCCACGAGCAACGCGAGCUUCGUAAGACAAGGCAGGCAAAUUCAGUCUGGGCCCAGAGCGUGUCCUCCUACACUCCAUCUGGGUACCCCAAGAACGAUACAAGGCCCUCGAAGCGCGCCAACCGCGCUGGCACCAGAGGUUUCCGAGCCCCCGAGGUGUUGUUCAAGUGCACUGAGCAGACGACGGCGAUUGAUAUCUGGUCAGCCGGUGUCAUUCUGCUCACCAUUCUCUCCAAGCGAUUCCCGUUCUUCAAUUCUGCGGAUGACGUGGAGGCAAUGAUUGAGAUUGCUACCAUCUAUGGCGCAAGACGUAUGAAGGUUGCAGGUCUCCUUCACGGAUGUGUUUUUGAUACGACCAUCCCCACUGUCGGGCAACAGGGCUUCACCCUUGAGAAGAUUAUUCUAUGGAGCACUUGUCGGGGCGAGGACAAACCUCUUACUGCGGAUGAGAAGCUUGCAGUCAGAUUCAUGGAGCGGUGCAUGGACUUGGACCCCUCACGAAGAAUUACGGCUGAGGAAGCUUUAGAACACGAGUUCUUGAGGAUAGAUAGCUCCCAGGACUUGGGGGUUGGGGAUGAUGAUAUCAUGGACAUGCUCGAUGUAUAG